AUGAAGGUCUCCAUCGCUCUCGUCCUCACCGCCAUUCUGGGCCUUACGGCCGCAUCACCUCAAAAUCGCGGCGGAAGCAAGGCUCAACAAAGGGCAGACCGACAGGCCCUCCAAGAUCUGGCUGGCACGGAUGUCGACCCUAAUCUUGAGAAUGGCACAAGACUUCUGGACAAUGGCCAGGGUCAAUGUGUAGCUGUCUCUGGGAAGGCGUCGCGGGAACAACUGAAGCGGGAUGUACAACACGACAAUAUCUUAUUGCAUACUAUCUGA